CCCAUAAUGCACUUCGUUUAGAUGUCAGACGGAAUGGCGCCUUUACCGGAGGAGGCGGAACUGUAAUUCACGACCAUAACAUUCAUUUCAAGACAGCUAUUGUGUAUCUUGUUCUCACCGUGCAUAUUAAAUAUUUGAUUCCUUUAAUCGGGGAGAUCACAGCACGUGUAUGAUGGCUCCGUUCAGUUUGAUGUCAGUCGGUGCUAAUCUUUUGGUAAAGUCUUUGGGUUUGUUCUCGAGUGCAUCUGUUGUGAGGUGUUCAUGUGUAGCUCCAGUGUUAAAGAGUUUUAGCACCACAACAGGGGGUCCACCUAAGAGACCCCUGACAGCAUACAUGACAUAUGUGAAAGAGAUGCAUCCCACCAUCAGCAGACAAAAUCCAGGAAUCAAAAAUGUGGAUAUUGUCCGAAAGUUAGCAGAGCAGUGGAAAAUGCUGACUCUUGAACAGAAGCAGCCAUUUCAGGAUGCAUCUUCAGCAUCCAGGGAGCAAUAUAAGCUUGUUCUGGAGAAAUACAAAGCCCAACUGACUCCUGCACAAACUGCUGCUCUUGCAGUAGAGAAACGACAAAAAGUGGCCAAAAGAAAAGCAAUUAGGAGAAAGAAGGAGCUGAACAGUCUUGGCAAGCCCAAACGUCCCAGGAGCGCCUUCAACAUCUUCAUGUCGGAGCACUUUGAGGAGGCAAAAGGAACUAAUAUGCAGACGAAGAUGAAGUCUCUGAGAGACGACUGGGAGCGUUUCAAUGCAACACAGAAACAAAUGUACAUUCAGCUGGCAGAGGAUGACAAAGUCCGUUACAAGAACGAAAUAAAAUCGUGGGAGGAGCAUAUGAUAGAGAUCGGAAGGGAAGACCUUGUUCGGAGAAAGGAGAGGAGAGCCAUCAAAGCCAAAACCACUAAAGACAUAAAGAAGAAAUCCAAAGUAAGAGUGCUAAAGGCAAAAGCACCAAAAAAGAAGACUGGAACAGCAGUGAAAAAGACUGUGGAGAGCACUAAGAAGUGAAAUGAUGUAUGUGACUCUGUUAGACAGAGCGUGUUGUACAAAGGCCAGUACCGUCCUCAAUAAAAAGCCUGUGCUUUCCGUUACUAGAGCUGCAUUUAUAGUGCUCAAAGCAUGAAGGUUUUAAAACUGUGAAGAGUCCUUCAUGACGUCUCAUCCCUUUUUGCUGGUUUCAUUUACUCAAUAGUUUAGGUCCUGAUUAUGACUGUUUUUAUAGUACUUGUAUUGCUUUUAAGCUACUCAAGAACUCUGUUUCUUGACUGGCUAUGAAACGUAAGACUGACAUCAGUUUCCAUUUGCUUCUUAGAAUGAGUUUGUGUAUCAUGCUUUAAAAGAGGAUGCCAUGGUUUGUAUAAUGUCUUUACUUACAAAAUAAACAUUAACCUUUUCUAUAAAAGCAACAGGAGCUAUUUACAAAAGAAUGCUACACAACUUCAUCAAAACGUUUAAAAUUUCAUAAGUGUGCUAAGGUUAGAGAUAUAAUACAACCCAAAGUGAAAAAUGAGUCAUUUACUCGACCUCACACUCCAAGUCUGUAUGACCUUCUUCAUCCUGUAUAAAACAAAUUCAGAUAUUUUAAAGAAUGUCUGAGCUGCUCUUUUCCUCAAUCACCAA